AUGGAAGUGGUUGGCCUCACCAUCGGGGCUGUGGCCCUAGUCAGCUUGUUCAAAGACUGCGUCGACCUUUUUUCCAUGAUCACAGCAGCUCGCGACCUGGGGAAAGAUGCCGCCUUAAUGGACACGAAGCUCGACGUGGAAAAGAUGCUUUUCCUACAGUGGUCUGACCGGGUUGGACUCUUGAAGCAAGACUCCACUAACGUGCUGUUGUGCAAUCCGGAUACUCGGCAAAUCGUCUCACGGGUUCUGGAAAGCAUCAAAGCCCUGCUAAGCGAAGGCCAGGCUUUACAAAGAGACUAUGGUCUGAAAAGAGUCGAAAAGGUCGGCACUGAGCCGACGGCACGCUAUCAAGGCGCCAGCUCUUUUCGAUUCGCAAAAUUCCUCAAACAGUUUGAGGAGCUAAAAAUCGAGCCUUGCCAAACCUCAGACGCUGGCCAACACAGUAACUUCAAAAAGGUUACCAAGAAAUUCCGCUGGAUCAUCGUCGAUAAGGACAAAUUCAACUCGCUCAUCGACCACCUUUCAUAUUUCAAUACGUCCUUGAAUAAUCUUAUCCCAAUGCCAUCAGUAUCUGAAACAGCUUUCUUCAAAAAUGAUCUGAUCCACCUCAAAGACCUUGCCGAACUUGACUUGGUCAUCGAAGCGACAUCAAAUACGAGACCAAGCAUCGGUGAGGCUGCUGUUGCUGCCAAGUCUGCACUUAUCUCAUCCCGAGUUAUCCGCGCCCUCUGGUUCCGCUGGUACGACGACCGAAGGGUCAAUAUCAAGAGUCCUCACUUCAAGACUCUACAGUGGGCUCUUGACCCCCCUAGCGACUAUCUUCAGUGGGAUGAUCUCAACACUUGGUUACAGAGCGCGUCAGGCCUAUACUGGCUUUCUGGAAAGGCCGGGAGCGGCAAGUCGACUCUGAUGAAGUAUCUUCAUGAGCAUGUUAAAACGCAUGCUCUCCUUCAAACGUGGGCCAAUGGCUCAGACGUGAUUCUCGCAAACUUCUUUUUCUACGCCCUGGGGAAAUCGGAGCAAAAGUCACAGUCUGGACUUCUACGCAGCCUGCUCUAUCAGAUCUUGGAGUACGACCCAAGUGUUACUGAGCACGCUCUUCCGCAUAUGUGGCGAGAAGCGUGCUACAAUCAUCAAAGUUACCCUGAGCUCGAGGUCCCAUCCAUUGAAGAAAUGGCAAAUGCUUUGAAGGUUCUGUGUUCAGCGCUCCAUGCUGACAAGAAGAUAUUUUUCUUGAUAGAUGGUAUUGAUGAGUAUGACGGAAAAGAUCUCGAUAUUGCAAGAUUAAUCAGCGAGCUUGAAUCGUUCCCAAAUGUCAAGAUUCUGGUGUCGAGUAGACCACAUCCAGCAUUUAUGACUACAUUUGGGCAAAAGCCAAAGAUGAACCUACAGGACUUGACAAAGCGCGAUGUCGCUACGUACAUCCAAGAUACCGUGGCUUCCCAUCCAUAUAUGAGAUCAUUAUCUCAUCAAUCGCAGUAUCAAGUCGACAGAAUCACUCAAAAGCUUGUACAGAAGGCAUCUGGUGUCUUUCUUUGGGUUAUUCUUUCUUGCCGAGCUGUUGUCGAAGGGUGUGAUGACUUUUGUACCAUAACUGAGCUCGAGGCAAGAGUUGACGAAUUACCCAAGGAACUCGAGGACCUCAUUGAGCAUAUGCUUGAGAAUAUCGAUCCAAGAUGGAAGCAAGACGCUAUGAGGCUCAUACAUCUCAUCUACACAAAUGAAGGUUGCCAAGGAUUUGACCCCAUUCCGACACUUGGCCUAUAUUUGACACACGAAAAGGGACUCAAAGGGGAUCCAAGCCUAUCAGGAAUAAGUCCUGAAAAGAUCACUUUGUCAGAAAUGGAAGCCCAAUGCCGGGUGAUGGAGGGCCGACUCAGAGGCCGAUGCUGCGGCCUGCUUGAAGUCCACUACGGCCACCGCGACGAGACCAAUAUUGAAGAUUGUAUUAUCAAGUUUAUGCAUAGAACUGUUUACGACAUGUUAUUGCAGCCAGAAAUCUCUAUUCGCCUGUUCGGAGACCUUGAACGCGAAAACUUUGAUAGCUAUGCAGUCUUGUCCGAGAUUUGGUGUCGAAUGGCCACUACACCCUCGGAUUCUGACGAUAUCUUCUUCAAUGCGUUAUAUCCUCUGGUUCUCAGAGAUGCAGAGGGUCACUCACCUGCAGUUACACUACAUCUCCUGUCAAGGCUCCAAUUCGUAUUCGGACAAUUGAGUCUUUCACCAUGGCUGGGAGCUCCACGUUACUUACAGCAUGACCAGAAGUGCCGCAGAUACUGCAACGACUUCUCGUUGGCUUUCACUCUUGCCAUCGAGAUGGGCAUGGACAACGUCGUCCGUUUCGUCUUGGAGAGUAAGAUAUCUUUGAAGAGCUUACUCUUUCGUCAUCCAAAUCUUGCAUUGCUAAGAGAUUGCCAACCUACGCGCCGUCUAAAGAACAGUCACCUAUUUAGUUGUCAAAAGGAUGGAAAGCUUCUUCAGACCACAUACCCCUUACUUUAUCACGCUAUCGUACAGCCAUUUAGAAGUGAUUACUUUGCGUAUGACAGGAAUAUUCGGCAAAAGGCGUCGCUGUCUUUGACUCGGCUUAUCAUAGACAUGCAGACGGAUUCAGACGAAGGCGCUAGAUUGAGCCUCCAGGGCCUUGAAAAGACCAACGGGGGCAAACUUCUACAAGAAAUCGAUGGUCUAGUCAGUUUUGACGGCGAUGAAAAGGAGGGAUGGGAGGAGUUGAAGAAAUUCUGCGAGCAACAGCUGAACAGUGAAAUUUCAAUGUAG